UUGCGCGACGGAUCGACGCGCUCGACGAACGGGGGCGUUUCUGAGCGGAGUUUAGUGAGUCGGUCGAAGAGAGCGAGAGACGGAGACAGAAUGCAGAGACAGAGACUAUUAUCGUGUGUGUUGUUAUUCGCUGCUUUGUCAUUCGUCGCUACGCAAGAGCCCGUCGGUAUAUGCGGACUGGAUGGAUUCAAUCUGAACGACUUGCAUUUUGGCCAAUACUGGAACUUCACUGCACCGGAUCCAGCAAAUGACUGCCUCUAUGAAAUUGACCCGGAUAACAUCACCAGUUGCGUUGUGUACUUCGCUGUGUGCAAGCCUCUGCCCAGUAGCAUCUGCGGCUCAGAAAAUGGAAAUGCGUCCUACUGCCAGGUGGUUACUGCUAAAGAUGGAACAAUCUACCGCUACAACGUUGGGAACUACAGUCAAUCGCACAAAUUCUCCAGACUUGACGAUGGAUUUUCCUCUGUUCGACAUGGAUAUAAGUAUGAAAACGACCGCUUGUGCAAGAACUCUACAACUGCAAGUAUAACCAAUUUUGAAUGUGAUCCUGAUGCAAAGUUCAGCACCAGCGAGUCAGACAUCACCCAGUAUCUCAAGUCUACUGAGAGAAUCCCCAAUGCAGAAUGCUUUAUUACGACCACAAUCGGGUACUCUGGAGCUUGUUACCAGCAGCCAACACUGGCCCCUGCUCACUGCAGUCUCACUGGGUUUGACACCACUGCCAUCUCUGAACAAGACUAUUUCUAUGCUGAUGUCCCUGACGGAAUCUGCUACAAUUUCGACGAAGGCGAACCGUGCAUACUUCUGUUUGCCUUCUGCCACCCCUUGCCCCUGGACCUGUCUGAUAACUGCCGCAACCCAGAGUCAGCCAUCUGCCAGGCAGACAAGCUUGCUGAUGCCACAAAGUCGUGGAGUAUGGGGGCCUAUGAGAACUACACUAGAUUCUAUGAGAAUGUUGAUUUUGAUCAGGUGGGAUUCCAUGUUCUAUACUCGGAUGGUUCCAAUCCUGGAGACCCUGACUGCACUGCUGGAAUACAGACACGAGUCAUCUUUGUGUGUAAUAAAGAUGCGCAGUGGACCAACCGCGAUGUCACCUUUCACGUUGAAGUCGAGAAAGAGACUUGCUUUUUCAACAUCGUAGCCCAGUACAGCGGAGCUUGCUACAAGGCACAUGAUAUCGAUUCUAGCAGUCAUUCAGAUAAAACUUCAAUUGUUGGUUGGAUACUCAUUGGCAUUUUCCUGUUUGGUGUGUUGACCUACCUGGUGAUUGGGUCAGCUAUCCAGUACUUUAUCCGAGGGGAGCGCGGCAUUAGAGUCCUUCCCAACUUUGACUUUUGGAGAAAAUUUGCCCUCCUGACAUUGAAGGAGAACAACACGAGGACCAAGAUGGGAAGCUCGGGCUCCAGGAAUAAACCGAUGCGAGUGCGGUUGGCCACUGUUCUACCGUUCACAACGGGCGUGUUCCUCGGAACACUUAUGACCCUCUUUCUAGUGCUCACGCUUCGCUCCAUCGACGAAGAGACGGGCUACAGAAAAGACGAGAGGACGGGUGUUGUGGUAAUGCCGUCCUCACCGCGGAGACUGCCACCCAGAAAGACGAGGGAUCCGCAAUCUAACGAGGACGCGGCCAGACAUAGGGAGUUUAUGAUGUAUUCAGUGGUAGUUGGAAGGUCGGAGCUCCGGACCAGGGGACUGGCGGCACACAAGACGUGGGCUAGUAGCCUCGGGAGACGCGUCAGCUUCUACCUACAUCCUCCUGGUGGGCACCUAGUCCUCCCAGAGGGCCGAGAUAGGGAGGAGCUGGGACUGAGGGAGGGAGAGGGCUACUGUAUGGAGAUGGGCUAUGUGCUGAGUUCUGGGGCACUCGGCUCUGUGUGUCCGCACCUGGAGCAGUGCUGGGAGAACGCUCGCUCCGAGAACGAAGACGUGGAGGUGGCCAGGUGUGUGAGGCUGGCAACUGGAAUCAACUGCACCUCCUCUCAAGAGAGUAAACAGCUGUUUUACAAGGCCCGUGGCCUGUUGUCUGAAGAGGAGCUACAGUUGGGGCAGCACCACCUGAACCCCAGUCUCAAGAGAGCUCUCCUACUCAGCCCACUCACACAGCCCGAACACUUCUACCACAUGCACUACUACUAUGUGAGAGGGGAGCUCAACGCGUCACGACUAGCUGCCACGCAACUCAGACUCCACAUGAUUGAAACUGCGGAUCGUGCGGCCGAAUCGGACAACUACGCCCACACGAGUGUCCACCAGUCUCCUGGGUGGACACGACUUGGAGUUAAUUCUCCGUAUCGUCCACGCACGGCAGGGGACGCCAUCCACUGUCUCAGUUUCGACAGCGAGUACAGGUACACAGAGUCAAAACACUAUCCCUCGCAUCAUCUCAGUGGGGUAGUGGCGACCGACUUGGAAGAAAUUGUCGGUGCGGUCGCACGGAAAUACGGGACUCAAAACUUGCCAAUCAACAGCGUAUUGCAGAGGGUCGACCCGCAACGAGGGAUUGAUUACUUCAUUCACGCUCUUGAGAAGAACACGGACGGCGAGUACAACUCGAGGUUUAUGCACGCACUACGGGAAACAGAGCCUCUCCAGGUUACGUCCGUGCAGCCUGCAAACUACCACACCACCAAGGUAAACUUUGUCGUGCCCACCGCAGCCGUGUCUAAGGCGUUCCAGCGAUUCAUGAUAUCGUUUGAAAACACUUUCCUCGCUCGCACCCCACCCGAACUGGUCGGUCUGUUUGUCAUUCUCUACAGCGACGGGAAGGUAAAGAAGUACAGCAAGAAUCUCUUUGCCACGACAACAUUGCUGCGGCUCUACAAGAAGAAAUAUCCCACUGCCGAUCUGAGGUUGGUCACCACGGAUAGACCGUUCUCCAGGAAGCAAUCCAUCGAGUUGGCGUCACGCGAGAACCCCUCAUUCGAGCUCCUAUUUCUAGCCGACAUCCACGUGGAUUUCUCACACCAGUUCCUGGAAAGUCCGUACAACCCCUCAGAGUUCUACAAGGACCGCCUACUGCAUCCCUACGCAGUCAGGUUCAAGAUCGCCGCGGAGCAAGGCAGUUGGAUGGACGAAAACUUCCACCUGGCCUGUCUGUACAACUACGACCUGGCCAGGGUGCUGGAGGGCGGUCGAGACCUCAAGGAGAGAGAUUGGAGUCUCAUUGAUCUGGUUAUGAAGCAGUCUGGGCUCCGUGUGUUCAGAGGGGUGGAGCCCGGACUGGUGAACCUGUGGCAGGACGGCUGCACGGAGGACACACUGAGUGGGAGGGAGAAGGUCCUCUGUGAGAAACUAGGGCUCACUGGGAAAGAUGAUUGA